UCUUGCUCUCACCGCCACCCAAGGGUUCCCGACCACCUCCUAUGUUCCCUUCCAUCUAAUUCUGACGAACAGAUAAAGUAUCCUAUAACAACACUAGCUACGGACUCUCGAAAUGGACGACACCACGCCCAAGAGUCCCACACCGAGUCGGCCUUUCGACCUACGCAGCACAGAUUGGUUUUCGAACGGGCACUCUAAGGAGAGCUCUGCGACGGACGAUCGGUCAUCUUUUUACACAUAUGAAUCGCGCGCAACUACACCAGGGUCUGUGGACGUGGACUAUCUGUCUGAGAAAAGAGACCGGGACGAAAUGGAGGGUGAAGACAUGAAUCUAGUUCUGGGAGGAGUCGGAAGGUUGUCUGAUGAAGUCUAUGACCGAGCACUUUCUUGGUGGAGGGCUGCGGUUCGGAGGAAGUUGGUAAAGAGUGUGGAAUGGGAAUCGAGACUUAUUGCUACGAUGCAGGAGUAUGUCCGCACACCGUUCCUAGACGCUUAUUUCGUUUAUACCUCGUCUCUCGGAACACAUACGUUCUUUAUGACGGUUCUACCAGCGUUCUACUUCUUCGGAUACCAAGAGGUCGGACACGGUUUGCUUAUUGUGCUUGCAUUCGGAGUAUAUCUCUCGUCAUUCAUUAAGGACCUCAUAUGCUCGCCGAGGCCAUUCGCUCCUCCGGUUACCAGGCUCACCAUUGGAACACACCACCUCGAAUAUGGAUUCCCGUCGACCCACUCGACCAACAGCAUGUCCAUUGCUCUGUAUCUCUUCACCCAGAUCUAUCGACUGUAUAGCACGCCUUCUUUUUCUAGUGUUGAUGGUGUUCUUGAACCGGAAAUGAUGAUAUCCAAGACCACAUUUUACGCGGCGUCUUCGGUCCUCGUGUUCUACACUUUCUCAAUUGUAUAUGGUCGAGUGUACACCGCAAUGCAUUCACUCACGGACUGCGCCGUGGGUGUCCUGCUAGGUACAUUCAUUUGGGCUCUUCAUCUUUGGUGCGGAGACGUAAUCGGUGAUUGGCUGAGGCAACCAAGUUACAUCGUACCUGCUAUCACUAUUCCACUUUGUCUGUUACUCGUCCACCGUCACCCACAACCAGUGGAUGACUGUCCAUGCUUUGAAGACGCAAUUGCAUUCAUGUCAGUGGUGCUCGGUCAAUUCCUCACGAUAUGGUUCAUGGCGAAGAACCAUCUGGACGAACGUUUCUUCCUUCGAGUGAUGCCCGGGAAGCCAGUUGGUGGGACAUGGUCAGAAAUGUCUCUCUGGUGGAGCAUUGCAGCUGCUAAGAUGGUCGUUGGUGUUCUAACCAUCUUUGCUUGGCGUAUUUUUGCCAAGUUCCUCCUUCACCGUAUCCUCCCACCAAUUUUCCGUUUCCUUUCGCAUCUUUUCACCCUCCCACACCGUCGAUUCUAUACCCCAGCUACAGACUACACCAACGUUGCUCCGGAGAAAGGUCUUCACCCAAUUCCCUCUGUCAUCGAUUUGCCAGGUAUGGUCGAGCUUGAAGCAGAUGGCGUCAAUAGUGCGAGUACGGGACAUAGAAGAAGUCAGGAUAACGGUGCGGCCCGGGAUAUCAAGUUAAGAGGCGGUAAAGGUGGAAAGAAUGAGAAGAAUUUCCAGAAACGCGCCGACGGGCUUGGGCUGGGAUUAGAGGAGAUGGGUGGGAAGCAGAUGGAGGUUGUGAAGCAUUACGAUGCCGAUGGUAUGGCUCUAUGGCUCACCUCAUCAUCUUGGAUACUCAUAUCACGUUUUAACAGUCUUGACGAAGGUCUUUGUCUACUGCGGUAUCGGAAUCAUCGCUAUAGGUGUGAUGCCCGUCAUUUUUGAGCUGCUUGGUUGGGGCCUUCGAGCUGUCUAAUUUGGAUCUGAUUGGUACCUUUUCUUCACGGCGUCGCACCUUUCAGACACUGUUUCGCUGAGUAGUAUUACUCUAUACCCGCUAAUUUAUUUAGGGAUAGGUUCUUUGGUAUCGUAUAGUCCUUUGGUGGCUCCAAACACGUUGCGUUCUACGUACCUCUCCGGAUGAUAGAAGGCGCAUUGGAUCGAUUCACCAUAACAUCAUGUUGUGGAGAUUUUCGCGAUUGACACUUCAGAUAGGGAAGGGAUCCGUCAAUAGGUUUGUCUAGAUUAAUCUAAUAUGACUUUUGCCCCUAUGGCAAAGACAUGGCUGCAUUUGGGAGGUGUCCAAUGCGAAGAACUGCUUCGGUGCUUCCCGGCGCCUACUAGCAACCUGUCCCACACCCUCAUCACCCAAGCUUGAAGUGAAGUAGGACGUCU